CAACCUUCUCUCUCUCCAACACCAACCAUUGCUAUAAAACACCGACCGAGAACCGAGCUCUCUGUUACUUCUUCGAUCAUUCUCUACAAUUCUAUGCUCAAAAGACUUGCACUCCGUUCCUCAGUUCGUCACUUUCUCACUCAUCGCACCAAAUCAUCAAGAACAAACCCUAACAACGCGCAGUCUCCAUCGUUUUCGUGGCCUUUUUCAGCCAUAUCUCGUCGGACCUUUCACUCUCACAAAGUUCUAGCGAUGGCCGAACAAAGCUCCAAAUCGGCAUCGCAGUCCCACAAACACACCAAUCGUCUCGCCUCCGAGCACAGUCCGUACCUACUUCAACACGCUCAUAACCCGGUGUGUGAAAGAAAGCACCAUCAUCAUCUUUAAAGUGCUCUGGUCGCCUGAGACGUAUUUUUAGUCUUCUCAGAAACCAAAUUCAUUAUUUAAUUUUCUUUUCAUGUUACUGUUCUUUUUUCGGAAAUUAAAUUAAGGGUCUCUCUUCAUUCUUGAAUCAAUUUGAAAUUGUUGAGAAAAGGAGUUCGAUUUUCACUUAUCACAACAUUUUAAGUUUGUUGCUUCUAAUCUGAAGGUCAAUUGGUAUCCAUGGGGUGAAGAGGCAUUUAAGGAAGCUCGCAAGAGAGACUUACCCAUCUUCUUAUCAAUCGGAUACAGCACCUGCCAUUGGUGUCAUGUAAUGGAGGUGGAAUCCUUUGAGGAUGAAGGGGUUGCAAGAUUGCUGAAUGAUUGGUUUGUCAGUAUCAAGGUGGACCGAGAAGAACGACCAGAUGUUGAUAAGGUUUACAUGUCUUAUGUGCAGGCUUUAUAUGGUGGCGGAGGUUGGCCGCUAAGUGUUUUCCUUUCACCUGAUUUGAAGCCUUUGAUGGGUGGAACUUACUUUCCUCCUGAUGAUAACUACGGAAGACCUGGGUUUAAAACUGUUCUUAGGAAGGUGAAGGAAGCUUGGGACACUAAGAAGGACGUGCUUGUUAAAAGUGGAGCUUUUGCUAUAGAGCAGCUGUCGGAAGCAUUGUCUGCUAGUGCGAGGUCAAACAAGUUACCAGAUGGGCUGCCCCAAAGUGCAUUACGCCUAUGUGCAGAACAGCUUGCAGAAAGGUGUGAUUCAGAGUUAGGCGGUUUUGGUUCUGCCCCAAAGUUCCCUAGACCAGUUGAGCUUCAGCUAAUGCUUUAUCAUUCAAAGAAGUUAGAGGGACAUGGAAAAUUAGGCGAAGCAGAGGAAAGUUCAAAAAUGGUGCUUUUUACUUUGCAAUGCAUGGCCAGGGGAGGAAUCCAUGAUCAUGUUGGAGGUGGCUUUCACAGAUACAGCGUGGAUGAGUAUUGGCAUGUUCCACAUUUCGAGAAAAUGUUGUAUGACCAGGGGCAGCUUGCUAAUGCAUAUCUGGACGCCUUCUCCAUCACCAGAGAUGCCUUCUAUUCAUGUAUAGCUCGGGAUAUACUUGAUUAUCUGAGGAGAGACAUGAUUGGACCCAAUGGUGAAAUCUUUUCGGCAGAGGAUGCUGACAGUGCUGAAUCUGAGGGGUCUACGAGGAAAAAGGAAGGUGCCUUCUACAUAUGGACCAGUAGGCAGGUUGAAGAGAUUGUAGGGGAGCAUGCGCCUCUUAUAAUGGACCAUUAUUACGCAAAGCCAUCUGGCAACUGUGAUCUCUCUAGAUUAAGUGAUCCUGACAAUGAAUUUGAGGGAAAAAACGUGCUCAUUGAGAGAAAAAGUACUUCUGCUAUGGCAUCAAAACUUGGUAUGCCUGUUGAAAAUUAUCUAGAUAUUCUUGGUACAUCGAGGCGGAAACUUUUUGACAUGAGAUCAAAACGACCACGGCCACAUUUGGAUGACAAGGUUAUUGUAGCAUGGAAUGGACUUGCAAUUUCAUCUUUCGCCAGAGCUUCUAAAAUUCUCAAGGGUGAACCUGAAGGGGCAAAGUUCAACUUUCCUGUUAUUGGUGUUGAUCCUAAGGAGUAUUUGGAAGCUGCGAAGAAGGCAGUGUCGUUUAUCAGGAGGCAGCUUUACAAUCCGCAAACACGCAGACUGCAACACAGCUUUAGGAAUGGCCCAUCUAAAGCACCUGGAUUUUUAGAUGAUUAUGCCUUUCUAAUUUCUGGGUUGCUAGAUCUUUAUGAAUGUGGUGGUGAAUUAUUUUGGCUGGCCUGGGCAAUUGAGUUGCAAGAUAUACAGGAUGAGCUAUUUCUCGAUAGGGAGGGAGGGGGUUACUUCAAUACCCCAGGAGAAGAUCCUUCUGUUCUUCUUCGUGUGAAAGAAGAUCAUGAUGGGGCAGAGCCCUCGGGAAACUCUGUUUCUGCGAUCAAUCUUGUUCGGUUGGCUUCCAUGGUUGCUGGCAAUAGGUCUGAUAGUUACCGGCAAAAUGCGGAGCAUCUUCUGGCAGUAUUUGAGUCGAGACUGAAAGACACGGCCAUGGCUGUGCCUUUGAUGUGCUGUGCUGCUGAUAUGCUCUCUGUUCCUUCACGUAAACAAGUUGUCUUGGUUGGGCCUAAGCCUUCCACGGAGAUGGAAGAUAUGCUUGUGGCUGCUAAUGCAUCAUAUGAACCUAACAGAACUGUGAUUCAUAUAGACCCCACUGAUGAAGAGGAGAUGGAAUUUUGGGAAGAAAAUAACAAGAACAUUGCCUUAAUGGGAAAAAAUAAUUUUGCUGCUGAUAAGGUUGUGGCUCUUGUGUGUCAAAACUUUACUUGUAGCUCCCAUGUGACUGAUCCCAGAUCUCUUGAAGCUCUGCUCUCCCAGAAGCCUUCCUCUGGCGCGUAGAAGAAGUUGCGGCAUAUAUUGGUGGCAGAUUUACAUGAACAUACGUGGGUUGUGUCAACAUAUUAUAUAGGUGGUCCUGUUGGUGGUCACUGGGUAGGAUACGGACUUUUGGUCAAAUGAUACUUCUUAUUUUGUGAAGGUUUUUUCUUCUUGAAGUCAAGGGUUUAAGUCCCUUUUUUCCUUCCCUCUCUCCCCUUCCGAAAAAAAAAAAAAAAUUGGUUAGGAUAUAGAGGUGUAAAGUAAAACAUUAGUUUCUGAAAAGUGAUACUCUCGCUUGUGUGUAGAUAGAUAUAUGAGAAAUUCAGUGCAGAGUUCAAUGGAAGAAAAGAAUAAGUUCAGAAAGAAAAUGAUAGAUAAUACAAGAGAUAGAUAAUUCAAGAGAUGUAACAGAAGUUUCUUUUUUUAUUUAAAUUUUUGUAUCCUUUGAGAUGGUUUCUAAUUAAAUUUGAG